AUGAUAGAGAAUAGCCUCAGAAAAGUUUACGUUGUUGGUUACGCCAGAACACCAAUAGGUGCCUUAUGCGGGAGCAUUUCACAAAUACCUGUACACAAAUUAGCUAUUCCCACUAUAUUAAAAGCCCUCGAGAGGAGUCAAAUUGAAAAAAAUGUGGUCGAUUGUUUAGUUUUUGGCCAGUCCUUUUCAGGCGGUUGCGGACCACUGCCCCUUCAGAAAAUUCUUGUUGCCACAGGGAUAAACAUAGACGCGAAAACGCAUCUAGUAAGCAAUUUAUGUUGUAGUGGUUUAGAUUCCAUAACAGUUGGAUAUGAAUUUAUCAAAGGAGGAAAAGAUGUUUGUGUUGUUGGCUCAAUGGAAUCUAUGUCACAGAGCCCAUUUUUUUUGAAAAAUUUAAGAACAGCAAAAUAUAAUUUAGGGAAUAAUAUUCUCUAUGACACUAAUUUGAGUGAUGGGUAUGAUUACAUAACUAAUAGUAAGGAAUUAAAAAAAGAUAAUAUGUUCGAAUUAUUUUGUAAGAAGUUUAAAAUACCAAGAGUUGAUUUAGAUGAAUAUGUUAUUAACUCAUUCAAAAGAACAGCUAAUGCUUAUAGUGAUAAUUUGAUUCAACAAGAAAUUUUCCCAUUAAUAAUUCAAAAAAAAAAAAAUAAAUUAGAAUUAGAAAAAACUAUCAUCGACAGUGAUGAAAUAUAUAAAAAAUGUAGUAUUGACAAUAUUUGUAAUUUGUCUAGUGAUUCUAUCGUAACAAAUUAUAAUAUAGCCCCAUUCGCAGACGGCGCAUGCGCUAUUAUAUUAAUGAGCGAAAAAAAAAUAAAUGAACUUGAACUGAAUCCUUUAGCUGAAAUAAUAACAUAUGAUAAUGCUUCUGUUUAUCCUUCUGAUUUUCCUUUAAGUAUAUCUCACUCUAUAACGAAAUGCUUGAAGAAAAUAAACAAAUCUUUUGUAGAUUACUACGAAAUUAAUGAAUCAUCAGCACUAGAUGUAAUAUUUAAUAUGAAUAAUUUAAAUUUAGAUUUAUCAAAUGUCAAUUUAAACGGUGGAUCCCUAUCCUUAGGUCAUCCUAGUGCAGUUUCUGGCUCAAGAAUUUUUAUAUCAUUAAUAACAGUUUUAAAAAAUUUUGAUAUGAAACUAGGAUGUGCUUCUAUAAAUAAUUAUUUAGGUUCUUCGACAUCCAUAGUUCUAGAAAAUGUGUAA